AUGGCAACCGUCUUGUUUAACUAUACGCCUCAAAGAGAAGACGAACUUCCACUUAAGAAAGGUACAAAGCUUGUAGUUUUGGAUAAAUCUUCGGAUGGUUGGUGGAAAGGUGAAGAAAAAUUUGGAAAUUUUCGGAAAGGUUGGUUUCCUUCAAAUUAUGUAAAGGAAGAAGAAAUUGGUGGAAAUGAGGAAAGGGAAGAGGAGAUUGAAGAAAAAAGUGUGAAAAAUGGGCAGAGACACCAGAAGCAACAGGUUGGGAGAGGACAACAACAACAAAAUGAACAUUUGAAGCAAAUUUCAAAAAAAGUUUUGGAGAUUGUUAUUUGCCUCUAUUCCUUCGAAGCGCAAAGCUCUCAAGAAUUGUCUUUUUCGAAGAAUGAAAGACUGGAUAUUUUGGAACAUCCAAUUGAUGAUCCAGAUUGGUGGUUAGCUAGAAACCAAUGUGGUCAGACAGGACUCGUCCCAACGAAUUAUAUUGAAAUAGUCGAAAGAAACCCUUUAAGAAGUGCAUUUGAAAAUUUACAUCCAAAUAACAACAAGUCUUCAAUUUCACCAUCUUCAUUUGCAUCAUCUCCCCAGCCUUGCAGCGGUGUCUAUAUUGGGAAUAGUAAUAAUCAAAAUACAAAUUUUGAUCAAUUGAGUGGGCCAUAUUCUCGACAGCCGUGGUAUUAUGGACACAUAACAAGAGAACAAGCAGAUUUAUUAUUAAAACAAAGAGGAAGUGAAGGAGAUUUUUUGGUGCGAGACAGUGAAUCAAUGCCUGGCGAUUUUUCUAUAUCCUUGAGGGAUAGCCAAAGAAACAAACAUUUUUGGAUUCAUUAUGAUUCUGCUAGUGGACAAUUUAAUAUUGGAAAUAAAAAAUUUAAUUCUAUGGAGGCGUUGAUUAUGUGA